AUGUUUAAGAUGGUUGUUUUGAUUGCAGUCACGUGACGCGAACAGCAAGUUGGCUACCUCCAGCGGAAGCGUGGAAAUGCAGCGACGAGUCCCUGCCUUAUGGCUGGGAGCGUUCUUUGGACGAUUCCGGAAGGCCAUAUUACAUCAAUCAUUUAAACAAGACUACCACGUAUGAGACGCCGAUUGUAAAGAGUUCAGAACCGCAACCGAAGCCGGAACCACGGGUUGUUACGUUGGAAAGAUCAUCUGCGUUGGGGUUUGGUUUUGUCGCUGGCUCCGAAAAACCCGUCAUAGUACGAUUCGUUACAGAAGGAGGUCCCAGCGUUGAAAAGUUGCUGCCCGGCGACCAAAUAUUAUCAGUGAAUGAAGAAGAUGUGAAAGAAGCUCCGAGGGAACACGUAAUAUCUUUGGUGCGAGCUUGUCCGAAAACCGUGCGUCUCAUUGUUUGUCAGCCGCCCGAGCAGCAGGGCGCCCGCAAAUCCACCCUGCUUUCGGCCAGCAAAAGGGCGAGACUCCGCAGCAAGCCGUCUAGGGUCAGGUUUGCCGAAAGUGUCUGCGUCAAUGGAGCCCCAUUGUUUCCCCCUUCUGCAUUCUCCCUGGGCGAUCUGUGUGUUCCCCCGAUGGCGAAUGUGUUAAAAGUGUUUUUGGAGAACGGCCAAACAAAAUCGUUCAAGUAUGAUGCAUGGACGACUGUGCAAGAUGUGGUUACCUCCCUGGAGACCAAGCUUUGUUUGCAAGCUACCGAACAUUUUAGUUUAGUGGUCGAACAUAUCAAAUCUCUGAAAAGGAACAAACUAACUCUGCUCGAUCCCACCGAUAGUUUAGCGAGGAUCGCUGCAAGACCUGGGGCACACAAAUUGAGAUGUCUGUUUCGAGUGGCUUUCGUACCAUCAUCGGCGGCCGAGUUGGCUCAAAGAGACCUGCACGCGCUGGAUUAUUUGUACACGCAAUGUUGCAACGACGUGAUCCAGGAGAGAUUUGCCCCGGAGUUACAAUACGAUACGGCAUUAAUGCUGGCGUCGCUGCACAUUCAUCAGCACGCCUUGGCAAACAAUAUUCCAGGCACGAAAUUAACAAUCAAGACGAUAGAGAGGGAUUUCGGUUUGGAACGUUUUGUGCCCGCAUCGCUUUUAGAAAACAUUAAGCGCAAGGAAGUUAGGAAAUUAAUAGGACAUUUUUUGAAAUUGCAUUCGAACAUGGCCGGGCCCGGUAAACAACUUACAACGCUCCAAGCGAAACUGCACUAUUUGGAUAUUGUUAGUCAACUACCUAGUUAUGGAGCCAAAUGUUUUUCGGCCGGUCCUAAAGGCGACGCUAUGGAAAGAGUUAUUUUAGUUAGUCCGAAAUUCGGAAUUAGUCAAAUUAUGGGCACAAGGAAUUCAGUGUUUCAGCCGGUCCCAAUUGCGAAUAUUGAAGAUAUGCGAAGGAUAGAAGUUAAAAGCGACGACGAAAUAAGUCGGACUAUUUUAAUUCGUUUGCAAAAUGAUAAAAUGGUUUCGAUUUUUUUGGAAGAAAGGGAUGCAAACGAACUUGUUUUAGUUGUUAGAGGAUAUUUUUAUUUGGCGACGGGUCAACAGUUACCUUUAGAUCAAGAAGAAGAGGCCCCAAUGGAGGACUUGGCUCCUCCAUUUUUAUCACAUCAUCGUGUAGUACCUGAAAAAUGGAGCUAUAUAAACCAGAGCAAUGUUAAAUCUAUAUGCUUUGCCAUGCAACCAAUUUAUCAAGGAAUUAAUAAGAAAACAAAUGGUCUCUAUAACACUAUGGGCCGACAGAGCAAGACGCCGUUAAUGUUAGGAUACAGUUUAGAUAGCAAUAUGAACAAUUCUUUAUCAAAUAGAAAUCAUCAAAUUAAAAGUGAUUACAAUAGUUUUGAUAGCACUUCGUAUGAUCUGCCAAGUGUGGUUUCAAUGGAAAUUCUCGAAGGUGGAGUAGUUGAAACAAGAAACAACGAGGUGUUGCGAAGAAUUCACGAAAUGCAACAACUCGUUGAAAAUUCCGAAAAGUAUUUAACCGAACAACAAAACUUGGAAAGAUUACAAUCGGUGGCUGAGUGGCAAGAGACCAGCGUCGAUAUAGAAAGCGAUACUGAUAGUUUAUUAACAGAAGAUGCACCGGGUAAAUUAAAACACAGUGACUCUUUGUUGUUAUUAACAAAGGGCCAUACAAACAAUGAUCCCAAUCCAAAGCCAACAUUCACAAAUGCGGCCAUUGAAUUGCUGCGAUCUGAAACCAUGCAAUCAGAAAGCGACAAUGAUUCUAUAUAUACUCCGGCAAACUCUCCAAAACACAUAUUUGCAACUGACUGCAAAUCCAACCGAAUUAGCUUCGGUCUGCGUAGUCCAGAUAACAGCGCAGACAAAGAGUACGAUUUCCAAGCAUAUCUCCAGCAACUUAAAGACUUACGGAACAAUGGCGGCCAAAGCACCGCAGACGUGGAUUCCAUCAACGACAUCUACGUUUUUGAUCCAGACCUAAUAGACUUAACUAAUAUCCCUCCACCUGGAACACCCGAUGAACUUGAUUGUGCCUUAUCCACUCCUAUAAACGUACCUCCAAGUUCAUUCGCAGACUCUGUUGACAAAUUAAACAGGAUUGGAAUCGUUAACAUCGAUGAAGACCUGGAGGAGUUUUUAGCCAGCGUCACUGUACAACCGCCAACGCAGAGACUCACUCCAGCAGUGGAAUUAACGCCCGAAGAGAUUAUGGCGUACAUUAUACCCCCACCUCCUGUUCGUGAUAGUUUUGAAAACCUGACAAUAAAUGAUGAAAUUCUCCCACAAAACACAACUAAUGGCAACGCAGAGAGACCAGAAAACGUAAUAGAAUACCCAACGGUUGAUAGAAAGGGAGCAUUUUCGUGCUGUGCCAAAAGUAAGUCUGAUAAAAAUCCGAAACUAGAGACAGCACCCAUCCAGCCAUUGCCAAGAAGAAGUUCCGACGAAACACCGCCGGAACGGCCACCGAAAAUCAUUCCAGAAGAAAGGCAAAGAUCGCAAUCGCUGUCCACAAAACCAAACUCCAAUGGCGAAUAUCCUCCAAAACUGCCGCCAAGGGGAGACAGUCAGCAGGCACCGCCACACUUGUUUUUACCGCCGAAAAAACCUCCGCUACCACCUGUACCACCGUUGGAAGUGUUAAGACAAAUGAAGAAUAUCCAGCAAGCGAAACCGCUAUCGGAAGCUAGAACUGCCAGUAUCGGUUCUCCCCAUUUUCAAAGAAACAGGAACAUGUCGAACGAUCUUGAUUCCAAUUACGUUUGGUCUGAGGAAGGCAAAUCGACUCUCAAACUAAGAACAGCUGUCAGCACGCCUACGUCUCCGCAUUUAGGAAGGGGGGCCCAAUUAAUUGCAAUACCGAUCGACUCCCCGGACGGCCCAAGAAAUACUCAAGAAAUUAAAAUGGCUCCUGUACCUUUGCCCAGAUCCACAAUUUACGCCCAGAGUAAUGGGGAUGGGGCCGUGAAUCAUUUCAAAUUUAAAGAACAGGAAAAUCAUUUAAGAAACGGUUCUCCAGUUAAGAAUGGCUUUGUUUCGACAAGAGAAAAUUUGUUGGCGAAAACCGAUGUGGCGAUGGCCAAUCUGCUACUGCGACUUGAUCAGGUUGCUGCUCAGUGCAGUGUGGCCCAAGUGCAUGGAGGUGGAAGGCUGAUAAGUGAGGAGAAGUUUCAGAUUGCUAAAGAAGAACUAACUUCACAAUCCCUCCAACUGGUGACUUCCAGCAAAAUGUUAGUAAUCGCCAUGUCGGAUCCCAGUCUACCCGACUUGCCGGAGAAUUUGGCCAUAUGUCUGACAAUUUUGCGCAGGCUGACCGAACUGUGUCAAGAUCUUACAAGCCACACCACCGCUCCCCUGCAAACCAGGAAUUUGAUUUUGAAAGUGCACGACGUGACCGCCGCCUUUCGUCAUCUUAUUACCUCGAAUAUCGACAGAAGUUCUCAAAAAUCAAUUGAAGAACACCUGGCUGCCCAGGCAGAAUCACUGGCCAAUGUUUUGGCGACUUUAUUGCGAAGUCUACGGGUAUUUUCGCCUUAG